CGUCGUCAGUUUGCGUCUGUCUAGGGUCGCGACAUCUCCACUUCCACGUACUCGCGUCUCGUACUCGCUUCGCGUACGCGAUUGAAUCCAUUGACAGCAAGGACGGGGGGAAUCGCCAGUAAUCGUAUCGCUCAAGAUCAAGAUCGACGAACGUCACGUGCUCGAUGCUCUGCGAACUUGCGGCGCCGUUUUAGCUGAUUUCGAGAAAGUUUGAGAGAAUUCUCGGGUGUUUUGAGAGGACCCAAAUGUCCUCAGAACUCUCUCGGAAUUUUUGAGAAUUCUUGGAGAAGAAUUCUGUGAGACACGAGUCGAAACUCUGCGUAAUACUUUGAAGAAGCUCGGAGCACUCUGAGAUAUCUCACAUAACUUUAAAGCAUUUUCGGACAAGUUUACGAGGAUGGUAAACUAGUCUGUAAAAAGUAUGACAAAAGUCGCAAGUUUUUUGAGGAAGUAGAUCCUGUGUAAUUUUAAGGUGCGUAAAAGAACGGUCGGAAAGUGUUAUCAAGAAUCACACCGACAACUCUGAGAAACUUUCAAGAAUCUUUGAACAUUUUUUUGCAAAUCAGAAAUUUUUUAGCAAUCUGCGAAGAAGGAUUUACGAGAUUUCAGUUUCAAGACGUCUCGAGGACCGUUGCAAGAUUAACGAAUAACUUUUGGCAUCGCGCAGAUUUUUAGUCACGUGGUCACGGAGAGUUUUCAAACUUUUAAAAAUCUACGUUAAAGGCGUGUGUUGUGUGUCUUAUAACAUCCUGAAAGGACUAUUUUCAGUUUCGUUUCAUGAUUCUUUUAUAGAAUCUGAAAGAAGAAUUAUUCGAUCGAUGUAAAUUUAAUUAAAAGUGAUCAAUAUAAAGACUUGACGUGUCAUCGUUCUGCGCUUUAUCAACCAAUUCUUCAGGACAUUUUACAAUAUCUCUAACGCAAAUUCUUAAUCCUGACGAAUGUUUUUUUAGAAAUCCAUUUAAAUCUUUGCUGUAGGAUAUUUUUGCUUCGCGCCUCGAGAAUCUUAAAAGUGAAAGAGCUUGACAUUUAACUGGCCUUUGGCUCUCCAUCAUGACUCUGACGAGUUCUAUUUGAAUAGUCUUAAAUACAGCAAAAACGACAUAAGUGGAACUAUAGAAAACCAGUAAGACUUUGAAGUUGAUUGAUCAGCAGCCAGAUAUUUUUGAGAAAUCGGCGAAUUCAAUUCAGCGAAUCGGGAGACAGAGUUAGAUGGAUCUGUUUUGAUAUUUGACAGAAUUAUUUUCUCUCCACUGCAGUAUUUUCGAAUCGAGAUUUACGGCUAUAAGGAUCGAUCUUGAAACGGGGUGCGUGGAUUGUGCAUGUCCGAAGUCGGCGAUUCGCAGGCGAUGAAGAUGAGCAAAGUGGGCAACCAAACCAAUUCGCAGGACCCACAAGCGGUGAAUUCACGCGUUUUCGUCGGAAAUCUGAAUACAUUUCAGUGCAGCAAAACCGAUGUAGAACGAAUGUUUCAGCGCUACGGCCGUCUGGCUGGUAUUUCUAUGCACAAGGGUUACGCAUUUGUGCAAUUCACAAAUCCGUUUGACGCACGCAGUGCGUGUCUCGGCGAAGAUGGUCGCACUGUCCUCAGCCAGAUUCUCGAUGUAAACAUGGUGGCCGAGCCAAAACCUCAUCAAACCGGACGCAAGCGACAGAAUGUCUCCAAAACCGGCAACGACUGGGACUACUACUAUGACAGUUAUUAUGCGUCUACCGCGUUUCCGCCACGUUUGGCACCACCAUUGAAACGACCGCGUUUGAUGCCACCGACACGGGCACAACAUCCGAAGCUGCAGAAACAACAAUUGACGGCAAACACUGGCACAAUACCCGACUUGAAUCAAUUGAAAGUGUACAGCAAUCCAGAUAUACUGAUCUGCGGCAACUGCAGGGAGAUGUUCACGGAACUCGGGGAGCUGUUGGAGCACAAGCGGAACUACUGCAAGCUGCGGUUCACAUGUAAAUGUCACACCUUCAACGGAGCCGCCCCAAGAGACUCAACGACGGCGUUGCUCUGCGUCCUCUGCAAGUUAUCUUUUCCAAGUGCUUGGGAAUUGAUGGUUCAUGCCCAGGCAGCCCACAUGAUCAACAUUUACGAGCUGGGCACAAGAGCACCGAGCCCGUCGCGGAGUCCUAGUCUUGACCAACCGAAGGAGUCGUCGCCUUCCCCCCAGGAUUUCCAGGAAAUCAAGGCUACGGAUUGCGAAGAACGCGCGGAGGAGGAGGAACUUGAUGGACACGAGUUAAUACCGUCCCCAGACAGUGGCAAGUCAACGGAUAACGAAGCGGCUCUGUCGCCAAUCAAGAUUCGAUCUGACGUAAACGGGUUGGAUCACGAGGACUGCGACGAAUUGAUCCACGUCGAGAAUACCACGCAGGCAUGCAUCAUGCAUACUUUAAGCAUUGAUUCUUCUUUGGAACUGAAUUCUGAUACGAACUCGAGAACAACUUCUGGAACGGUGAUGGCCUUGACCAAUGGUUCAUUAUCGGCGAAGGAAUAAACGAGAAAUAACAAUAAUUAAAAGAGAAGAUUCAAAGAAAAUUCAUCGGAACGGUCUUCCCCGGCCAACCAACGAGACAUAUCGAUCUCCUUUAAGGAUUACGCACCUGUUUGUAUAUAGCUUAAUUGCCUAACAAAUUAUUCAGGAUCGCUAGAUCCCGUGGUCUAUGCCGGCUGAUCAAAUAUCGAUCAUCUUCCCAAAAAAGAGAAAAUAUCAGUUCUUUUCUGGACUUUAUUCAUACAUUUGUAAUUUUGUUUCAAAAUUUCAUUGAGAAUAAAUUGAGAAGCAAAAUAUUGUAUGAAUUCAGGUUGGCUUAAAUUACUUAGAGAUUAUUUGUAUAACAAUUUAUAUAACAGUUGAUUGGUACGUGAUUUAAUUGAUUUGUGAGUUUUUAAUUAUAUACAUUAAUUAUUUUUUUUAAACUGUUAUAUUGAUCGAAAUUAUGUUGACUUCUUUAAAAAUAUUAAAUUUUUCAGAUAUUUGAUAUUUAAAUCUCUUGAAAUCAUUGAAUUUUGAUACUUAUAGGUGUUAAAAUUUUUAUUUUUAAGUACAUUUGUUUAUUAUUAGUAAAAUUAAAAAAAAUUUUAAUUAUAAAUUUUGAGAUCUACAAAUUUUAAAUUCUGUUUAUUUAAUUUUUAAAUAUUAAAAAUUUAUCAACCGCAAGAUUUUAAAUCACGUAACGCAAUUGUAAAUCGUAAAAAUUGUUUCUUGUGAAAUAAUUUUUCAUAUAUUUAGAAAAUUCUAUAUACACAUAGUACAAGUAUAAGUUGAUAUAUAUAUAAGUUGAUUAUUAUUUUCAAUGAUACGAUGACGUCAAGUGCUUUUUGUCAUUUUGAUGGCAAAAGUGUUGAAAAUUAGAGUAUUUGUGGACAAGAUAUUAGCUAAACAAAAUCACAUCAAUGGAUUGAACUUAUCAGAAAUCUUAGUCAUUACUUAUUUACCAGUUAUUAUCUUGAAUGAAGACUAAUUAAUGUCUUCGAUAUAAUUAUAUUAUAUCAUUAAUAACUAGUAAAUAAAUAAUUUUUUAUUGACAAAUUUGUUUCUUAAGAAAACGAAGAAACGUUAUAUUACUUCCUUUUGUAGCACAGUCGCACAUACAUAUGUGUGUAUGUAGAUUAAAUAUAGAUUGUCACUUUAAUUAUUCAUGAAAGAACAUAUCUUUCGAUAAACAAUGGUGUCGAUGGCGAACUAAUAAUUGAAUUAUAUAAAUUUAAAUUGUAAUUAUUAUUAAAUUGUAAUUAUUAUUAAAAGGACAACUUCAUUUUCCGUUGUUAUUUGUUCUAAAAUUUUGUUUUUGAAAUUUGUUUUAUCAUUUAUACUGUACGCAAUUUAAACAAUUGUUGCUUCUUUUAAAAAGGAAAUAUAUAGUACAGAAAAAGCAAGAACUUAUUUUGGCAGCUGUAUAAAUUUUAUAUUAUCACAACUCUCUCUUUUUAUUAUUAUUAUUAUGUUAAAGAUGCUGAAAACAUAUAGUUUAGAUUUAUAUUAUUUUAAAUCUUAAACAAUUUGUACUCUUUUAACUAUAUUUUAGAGAUCUAUUAAUUCCGAUUUAAUAAACAUUGAUAGACUUAAGCCUGUGUGUGACAUUUUCUAAAUCAGGUUCUAAGUGUGUAUUAAUUUAUAAAUGCGGCUAUAUAUAUAUUUGAAUUUUUGAUAGAGAAAGAUAUCCGCAGAUUUAGAAAGUUAUAAAUUAUUAAUUCAAAAGUUUUUAUUAUAUAUAUAUUACUUUUAAGUCGUACUUUAUUUAUAAUCCUUACUUAAAAACAGCUAUGAGAAUCAAAAUAGUUAUGUGCAUAUGAAUAUGAUAUAAAUUGUUAUGUUGUUUCAAAACAAUAUAUAAUAAAUUAAUGUUUUUAAAAGAAUAAUUUUAUUUUAUUUUAUUUUUGAGCCUUUGUUAAUGAUUUGCCAUCGACAGCCUCUGUAGUUUAUGCAUAUCAGAGAUCUAAUCAUCUCAUUUUUUAAAAUAUCCUGUACAAUUCAUAAAUGUAACGCAAUUGUGAAAUAAACGAACAUUAUCGACAGCCGGAAAAAAAUCGGUCGAGCUUUUUCGAAGCCUGACGCGCUUCUCUUUCUCCGUUUUUUUUUUCUCUGUGCAAAACGAACAAGAUAAUAUUUAUUAUGUCACAAUUAGAUGGUAGCGACGAGAAUUAUUUGUUUAUAGCCCCAUAUGUAAACAAUGUUUUAUGGAUCAUUAAUGUCUAAAUAAAAUAUAUUACGUCUUUUAA